AUGACAGACCAACUGCACAAAACACUGAAGCAGAGAUCAGGCAGUACACCUGGCCAGCCGCCCACCACCGGUCAAACCCAGCAGCUGCCCAUCAAGCACAAAGCCGGGGAGAAGCCAGAAAAGGGCGACAAGCAACAAAAACGGCCGCAAACACCUUUCCACCACCGCAACUCUGUCUGCGAAGACGUUUCCAUGGAAACCGAUGCCUCUGCAGGCCAACGCUUAGCCCUUAGAGGUCAGGAGGGUGGGCGAUUUCCUGGCCUACGCCCAUCUGAUGUAAGCACUAGCUCUAAACCUCCACAACUUCACAGUGGGGGCGGAGCUUCUGUGGGUGCCAGUGGCCUGACGGAGAUGGUUGGCUCCCCUCAGCCACCACCGCUAAGCCCUCACCCCUGUGAUCAGGGCGAGGAAUCCUCUGACAUCAAGAAUCCCUCCACCCCCCAUAGCCAACAUUUUUACCCUCCCUCCGCAGAGCCAUGCCUCCUGCCCCAGAAGGGCACGGAUGAUACUCGUUUAGAGCCCCUCACUCAAACUUUCCCCCCUGCGUACUCUGAGCCCUUGGAGCCCACACCGUAUAUAAGUGCCGCAGUAAACCUGGAAGAUAACGGAUGUCACGCACCAUGGAGGUUCUUUAACUUACCACGUAGGAAAGAUUCAGAGUUUCCCACGCCGUCGUUACCAGGAGACAAACUCAGAGAAGAGACAUCACUCGGCGCUGAAGGGAUUAUAUCUGUUACAGAGUUAAUGGCUGCCUCCAAAAGGCCUCUGAAGGUCUCAGAUGAGCGAAUCCAAACAUACCUGCAGCGACAGAACCAGUACCUAGCAGCAGCCAUCACAGACGGCGACCACGAGCCUGAGGUCGACCCCUACGCCUUUGUCGAUGGGGAUGUUAAGUUCACUUUCUCGGACAAGAAAGACAAAGCCGGGGGAGACAGAGAACCAGGAAAGAAACACAAGGGAGAAGACGGCAGUGCUAAUCUAUCUGAUGAUGCUCAGCAGGCUGCAGCUCAUAACCGGGCUGCUUCUACCAGUCUCAUACAUGAUUCAGACCUGGCAGUCUCCAUCAAAGACCUUGACAACAUAUUUAACUCGGACGAGGACGAGCAAACACCUGGAGCACGAAGAGCUGUAAAUGGAGCAGAUGAGAAGUUUGGCAGCAAAGAGUCAAAGCCAGCCACACUGGACCCUGUCUCCUGUAUAAGCACGGCUGAACAUCUGCACCAGAUGUUCCCUACGCCUCCCUCUCUGGAGCAGCACAUCAUGGGUUACUCCCCCAUGAACAUGGGCAGUAAAGAGUAUGGCUGCAUGGAGCCAGGCUCUGGCAUCAACACACUGGACGGCCCCUCUGUUCUUGGAGGCCAGUUUAAGAUCGAGGUAGAGGAGAGUUUCUGUAGCCCCAAACCUUCUGAAAUCAAGGACUUCUCAUUUGUAUACAAGGCGGAGUUGUGUCAGCCAUUUGUGGGAUGUUCCAUGUUUGCACCCCUGAAAUCUCUGCCCAGUCAGUGCCUGCCUUCUAUCAAACUGCCUGACGAAUGUGUGUACAGGCCCAGCUGGACAGUGGGAAAACUGGAGCUACUCAAUUCAGUACCUCCUAUGACCAUCUUUAGCAAGGAUGGUGAAAACAGUGCUAUGGAACAAGAGUAUAUUCAGACAUACACCCCUCAAACCCACACGCCGUUCUUAUCCAGCAGCGCCCCACCCAGCAACGGCGGCACUAGUAUCCUCCCGUCCCCUGCAACGCCCCGUUUCUCAGCUCCCACCCCUCGUACCCCACGGACACCCCGAACCCCCAGAGGCCCUGCUAGCGUACAAGGAUCCCUCAAAUAUGAGAACUCAGACCUGUACUCACCAGCCUCGACACCUUCCACCUGCAGGCCACUCAACUCGGUGGAACCUGCGACGGUCCCCUCUAUCCCCGAAGCCCACAGCCUGUACGUCAACCUUAUCUUGUCGGAAUCCGUCAUGAACCUGUUCAAAGACUGCAACUUCGACAGCUGCUGCAUCUGUGUCUGCAACAUGAACAUCAAAGGCGCAGAUGUGGGUGUUUACAUCAACGACCCCAACAUGGAAGCCCAGUAUCCUUGUGGGUGCGGCUUCAGUGCCGUCGUCAACCGUCGCUAUGGCAAUGGCUCUGGCCUCUUCUUGGAGGAUGAGCUGGAUAUCAUCGGCCGGGGUUCAGACGUGAGCCAGGAGGCGGAAAAGCGCUUUGAGACGUUACGGAGCAUGUCGCUGGAAAAGACUGGAGGGGGAGGCAAAGAUCAAAUCCCGGAUGAGCUUAUCGCGCUCCUUCAGGAUCAGUGCACUAAUCCUUUCUCCCCCAUCCAGCCGUUGGACCCCGAAGGACUAUCUUCUCAAGGACCAGGGGGCACCACUGUACCACCCUGUGUGCGUGUGGAGGAAACGGACUUCCACAAUGACUGUUACCUGGCUCUAGAACACGGGCGUCAGUUCAUGGACAACAUGUCUGGUGGGAAGGUGGAUGAAACUCUGGUGAAGAGCACGUGUUUGCAUCAUUGGGCCAAACACAGUGCGGUGGAUGUGAGUGGACUGUGUUCUCAGGAUGUGUUGAGAGUUCUCCUCUCUCUCCAGCCUGUUCUACAAGAUGCUAUCCAGAAGAAGAGGACAGUUCGCUCCUGGGGUGUCCAAGGGCCUCUUACAUGGCAGCAGUUUCACAAGAUGGCUGGAAGAGGGUCUUAUGGCACUGAUGAGUCUCCAGAGCCUCUGCCCAUUCCUACCUUUCUGGUUGGGUAUGAGUAUGACUUUGUGGUACUUUCUCCCUUUGGCCUACCGUACUGGGAAAAGCUACUGCUGGAUCCCUUCGGCUCCCAGAGAGACGUGGGAUAUCUGGUCGUCUGCCCGGACAGUGAUGCUCUUCUCAGUGGAGCCAAGAGCUUCUUCAGAGAGUUGACAGCAGUCUAUGAGUCUUGUAAGCUCGGUCAGCAUCGACCAAUCUCCAAAGUGCAUGCUGAUGGCAUUGUCAGGGUGGGUGGAGCUGCAGCCAUGAAGCUCUCAGAACAGCCAGUCAAUGAUUGGUUCCUUAAAGCGUCUUGUGGCAGCAGUGAUGCGUUUGCCAAGCUCAAGCUGUUUGCGCAAGUCUGCAGACAUGACCUCGCUCCAUACCUCGCUGCACAGUCAUUGGACAGCUCCCUCCUCGUUCAGCCAAGCGCCGCCCCCUCUUCCACACAAACAUCUUCCUCGCAAUCCUCAGGCUCCACCUCCUCCAACUCCCAAACCUCAAUGGCCUCCGGAGGCCCCGCCCUCAACAACAGCAAUUCUGCCAGUAACGGUGGCUCAGGCUUGCCAGGCAGCACCAAUAAUACCCCCUCAUCCUCAGCCCCUCAGGGCAACAGCAUCCAGUCUGCCAAGCCUAGCUCAUUCCCUCCCUUUGGAAGUAUGGGAGUCCAAGGUAACAGUUCCCAGUCUGGGGCUCUGGGCCAGCAGGCUGUCACCCAGAACUCAGGCUUCUCUGGAGACAAUUCAGCCGUCAACAGCCAAACUCAGGGGCCGUCUGAACCACCAGAGAGCACUAUGGAAAGAGAAAAGGUUGGUGUUCCCACUGAUGGGGACUCCCAUGCCAUCACGUACCCACCUGCCAUCAUGAUCUACAUCGUGGACCCCUUUUCAUACGAGGAGGCGGAGCCAGGGACAUCACAGUCAAGCGUGUGGACGCUAGGACUUCUCCGCUGCUACAUGGAGAUGCUGCAGGGCCUUCCAGCUCACAUUCGGAACUCUGUCUUUGUACAGAUUGUCCCCUGUCAGUACCUACUCCAGCCUGUGAGGAGUGAAGAGAGGCACCUCUAUGCCCAGCACCUCAAGUCUCUUGCCUUCUCAGUCUUCACCCAGUGCAGAAGACCCCUCCCAAUCUCCACUAACGUCAAGUCACUGACGGGUUUUGGCCCCGGCCUUGCCCUCGACACCUCCCUCAGGAACCCAGAGAGACCGGAGUGUUUACGUUUGUACACGCCCCCCUUCAUCCUGGCCCCAACAAAAGACAAGCAAACUGAACUAGGCGAGACUUUCGGAGAGGCGUCACAGAAGUACAACGUCCUGUUUGUAGGCUACUGCCUGUCACAUGACCAGAGAUGGCUGCUGGCCACCUGCACGGACCUGUAUGGAGAGCUUCUAGAGACUUGCAUCAUCAGCAUAGACGUACCCAACAGAGCAAGAAGGAAAAAAGGUUCGGCGCGGAGGCUGGGCCUUCAGAAGCUCUGGGAGUGGUGCCUGGGUUUGGUUCAGAUGACAUCAUUGCCAUGGAGAGUGGUACUUGGACGACUUGGACGAAUAGGGCACGGAGAAUUGCGAGACUGGAGUAUUUUACUGAGCAGACGGAAUCUGCAGUCAGUGUCUCGGAGGCUAAAGGAGAUGUGUAGGAUGUGCGGGAUCUCAGCAUCUGACACUCCCAGCAUCCUUAGCGCCUGCCUAGUUGCCAUGGAACCCCAGGGCUCAUUUGUCAUCAUGCCAGACUCGGUGUCAACAGGUUCGGUGUUUGGGCGCAGUACUACUCUGAACAUGCAGACGUCACAGCUGAGCACCCCACAGGACACGUCUUGCACACAUAUCCUGGUGUUCCCCACCUCUGCCUUUGUACAAGUCAACAGCUCCAACUACACACACGAGAACAUUGACAUUAACUUCAACGCUGGCAAUGAUGUUUCAGAUGCAAUCAGAGGGAUCUUUGACCUACUGGAUCAGGAGAAUGACCUGGUGGAUCCUGACAUCAUAAAUAUCCUACCUGCCUCACCCACCACGUCCCCAGUCCAUUCACCUGGAUCCCAGUACCCCCAUGGAGGAGACGGGAGCAAGGGUCAGAGUACAGACCGCAUGGAGUCUCAUGAAGAAGCUCCCAAUAUCCUCCAGCAGCCAUUAGCUCUGGGCUAUUUUGUGUCCACAGCUAAAGCAGGUCCACUGCCUGACUGGUUCUGGUUUGCGUGUCCUCAGGCUCAGAACCAGUGUCCCCUUUUCUUAAAGGCCUCUUUACACCUCCAUGUGUCUUCAGUGCAAUCGGAUGAGCUUUUGCACAGCAAACAUUCUCACCCUCUGGACUCAAAUCAGACCUCUGAUGUUCUCAGAUUUGUGUUGGAGCAGUACAAUGCCCUUUCCUGGUUGACCUGUGACCCUGCGACCCAGGACCGCCGCUCAUGCCUGCCCAUCCAUUUUGUGGUGCUCAAUCAAAUGUACAACUUCAUCAUGACCAUGUUGUAACACUCACUGAGCAGAUCUGAGAGCAGGACCUUAUCAGGGAUCGGAAGAGACAUGGAAAGAGGAGAGAGAAGAAAAGGAAGGAUGUAAAAACGCAUAACUACAGUGCUGGACUUUAUAUGUACGUGAAUUACUAUGGAGCUGAUCUGGGUAGGCAGUCACUACACCUGAGACCCAGCACUGUGGAGGAGAACCAGGCUCCUGGUGUUAAUAACACUCACUCUCUCAAAGAGCUAGAGAGAGGAUGCACGGAGAGAAGAACGGAUGGUGUGGAGGCCAAAGAAGCAUGAAGGAAACUGAUGGAGUGUUCUGAAUCUCUGGCUCCACUCUUUACUACGACGAUAGCAGCAUGUGGUUCUGUGAUUACCAUGGAUUGGGCGAGUUCUUUAAUCAGUGGAUAUGGAGAAGAUGUCUGUAUAGAAUCUUGAUGGAGAGGGACUUCGAUGCUCUAUGAAAACGAGAGAAUGAAUUCUUGGUUUUAAGACCUCUAAUUCCCUGUUUCUUUUGGAUGGAAUUAUAUCCAAAUGAAAUGCCUGCAUUUGUCUUAUUUAUUGUAAGUUUUUAAAUGUAUAAUUUGUCUGAUUUCUUAACCUCUUUUAUAUAUAAAAAGUUCUAGAAGGUUUGUAUCGCCUUCUUGCUUUAAAGCAAAUGGUCAAAAAUAUAUGUAAUCGUCUUAAUUACAAAAACAAACAAAUGAAAAACCCACUAAAAAGAGGAAUAAAAUAAAGUUGCAGUAGGUUGCUUUUAGAGUAUUAUUUUUUGUAAGGGAGACAGAUUAUUUGUAUUGUCACGAUGUACAGAAGAGAUUGGAUGGGGGAUUUCUGUCCACGUCUUUGUGCGUGGACUCAAUUACAGCUAAGCUUUAGCUGCACGGGACUUGUACAGCAAUGAAGUUCACUGUGUUUAAAAUAAAGAGGUACAUUGUCGUAUAUUGUAUUUUAUACCACACAUUUAGACACAAAAAACGAAAAACUGCAAUAUAUAAAUAAUUAUAUAUGAAUGCCGCACCAGCCUUGGGUGGCCUGCUUCUGUUUUAGGAAUAAAAAGAGUCAACUUCAUUUUUUCCCUGUGCUUGUGUUUUUUGGGGGGAUUGACUCUGAUGUGAAAUCUGAUGUGUCAUGCAAAUGUAUGUCAUUUUGUCUCUCUGAUAAAGAUAAAGACCCAUAAUAUGCUUCUAGCCCCCCUUUAUCUCACCUUGCCCUCCCUGAUUGGCUCUCCUGCUUGCACCAUAUCUUAGUGAUAAUGGACACUUGUAGGCCAAAAUCAGUUUUCUUUGAGUGUGACAAAGAAAUUUGUGGUGUAAAUGUACUUUAAAAGCAGAUCUGGGUGUCUGUUGGAAAUGCAGUGUUUGUGC